CCUCGUUAGCUCGUCAUUUUGUCAUCACUGUCAUCGCCAAUAUCUUUGCCGCAGUUUUCAAGGAUCAUUACUUAAAUAAAGGAGCAUCCUAUUCGGCGGGCCGACAUCGCUUCGAAUAUACACGGCGAAGUGUAACAGCAUUGUGCAUCGCUCUUAGGAAAAAAAAAACCGCUCAUCCCGCCCAUAAUCGCACGAAGGACGAGCCGGCGCGGAAGUGCUCGCGCGGGGAUACACGGGGGAGCGAACAUAGAGGAUGUAAACGAGCGGAUGGGAGCGCGCUAGGUUCCGAGGGGAGCGAUAGACAGAGACGUAGGAGAGCGAGACCGGCGCGGUGGCGGUGUCGGUGGCGGCGGUAGUGGCGGCUCCAGUAGUAGGACGCGGGCUCGGACGCGAUCGGGGUAAGUUCGGGGACGUUCGACUGUUAGACAAGUACGAGCGAGCGAGAAACUUGGUCGGCGGCAGUGGACGGGCGGCAGCGGACGGCAGCGUCGGUGAUAAGAGGCGGGGACCGUCGUUGGAGCGUGACCGCGUGUGUGAGCUUAGCGCCAGUCUACCUCUCUCCCGUCUUUCUCCUCCGUCUCUGUCCCUCUUCUUCCGCUUCGCCUCCCCCUUUAACGUGUCCGCUCCGAAGCGACGGAGAGGAGGAAGACGACGCGUGCCCGACGUGAAGAAAACUUGAGGCCAACGGCGAACGGUCGUUAUUCGAGUUUACCGUACCGUGGACGGUGGCGAGAAGAAGCGACGAGCGCGCGCCCGUCGGUUUCGAUAAAUAACCCACUCGCAGAUUGGCUCGCGGCGUACUUCAUCUCGCUACCGCGAGAAAGGACCGUCGUCUUCGUCGUCGUCGUCGUCGUCGUCGUUGUCGCCGCCGCCGCCGCCGCCGCCAAAGGGAAGUAACCGACGAUCACGGAAGAAGAGGCGCCGCCGGGGCUGUCUUCGCGUUUCUCACUUGGAAGGUGCGUGCUCGAGUGCCGCGCGUUUAUGUACCACGGCAGGUGACACUGGGAGAGCAGAGCGACAAAAAUCCGAUCGGCGGCGAAACGUGCCGCGAGAGAUUAACGACUCGUCGGACUACCGGAAGAGGAAGCGUGGUGCUCGCAGAAGGACGAUCCUCGCUGAGGACAGCGGGCGGAAUUUCACGCAGACGAACGAAGGAGUCGGAGUGCCACGUCGUGAAGGACAAAAGAGGAACGUGGAGCAGGAGCCUUAUCCAAGAUGACGAGCAUAGUAACGAACCUGGUGCAUAGUUAUAGGGACCUUAUGGACAAUCAGUCCGAUCCCAGGGUGAACGAUUGGGUGAUGAUGAGCAGCCCCUUCCCAACCCUGAUGAUAUGCCUGUCAUACGCUUACUUUAGCAAGGUUCUGGGACCGAAGCUGAUGGAAAACAGAAAGCCUUUCGAUCUUCGCGGGAUCCUUAUAACAUAUAAUCUCCUACAGACCCUCUUCUCCACAUGGAUAUUCUACGAGUAUUUGAUGAGUGGUUGGGCGAAAGAUUACAGUAUUCGGUGCCAGCCAGUCGAUUAUUCGUAUAGUCAGAUGGGCAUCAGGAUGGCGAAUACCUGCUGGUGGUAUUACUUUAGCAAAUUCACCGAGUUCUUCGACACACUAUUCUUCAUUCUGCGAAAGAAGAACCAACACGUUUCAACGCUUCACGUAAUGCAUCAUGGGGUAAUGCCUUUCUCCGUGUGGAUGGGGGUGAAGUUCGCACCGGGCGGCCACAGUACUUUCUUCGCCCUCUUAAACACCUUCGUACACAUCAUAAUGUACUUUUACUACAUGGUAGCUGCGAUGGGUCCGCAAUUCCAAAAGUACAUAUGGUGGAAGAAAUACCUUACUACUAUGCAAAUUAUACAAUUCGUGAUGAUCAUGUUCCACCAAUUCCAAUUGCUCUUCAUUGAGUGCGAUUAUCCACGUAGUUUCAUGAUCUGGAUCGGCUUGCACGGUUGCCUGUUUCUCGGACUGUUCUCGGACUUUUACAAGACGAAGUACACAGGCGUAGGUAGCAAAGCCUCCGCGAGGAUGCAGAACGAUUCAUCCGGCGGAGUCUGCAUGCCGGUCUUGGACGAGAAGUCGACGCACAACGGUGUAUCCUCAUACACGAUUUACAACAAGGAGUACAACAGCUGUUAUAGUAAUGGCACAAACAAUGGUUACGUCGCUAACAACAACACAGAGAAGAAACUCGCUUAGGACACUUUGCUGCCUUGGUGGAUACUCGAACAUUUUGUUCGAAGUGUUGUCGGUCAGCUCGUCUCGCUGUACUACAGUUACCAUUCAUCCGCCAUAACGUCAUCUCAUGACAGGAGUAAAACGAAUUUACGUGUGAAAUACGCAAAGCCAACAACAAAUUAAGUGCGCGUGUAAAGGGGAUGAAGAGAGACGAGAUAUUCGUGAAAAAGAUAAACACAACAAAACAACAGUGAGACAAAUUUUCGUUAUCUCGCUGCAACAUUCUGCAUCGUUAGCAGAGCGAAAGCUGUGUUCACUAACAUAGAGUCAUCGACGAGAGAACUGUUACAACGUCCGUUACAAAAUAAAAAGAACGAAAAGAAGAAAAAAAAGAACAAGAAAUGACGGAAUGCGCAAAUCAUCGCUAAUAUCGCGCAAUCUUCCUCUUUCGAGCCUUCGUAAUAAUGAAACGUGGUUUGUACUCGAUUUGUUAGAGCCUCGUGACACCUGCUGCCACCCGAAAAUAGAACAUCGAUAAUAUCGUCGGUAAUCAUCGAUAAUACGAUAAGAGAACUAGCGAAGAGAGGAAAAAAGAGACUACUUUUGCACUUUCUGUAUUUCUCGGCGCUAUCGAAAAUCGCUGUUGCUGCGGUUUUAAAAUCUCUAGGUCGCGGAUAGCUUGACAAUGUGUCUGAGAGAAAUAGGACUUGAGCGCAAUGUAACGCCUGAGAGAGAGAGAGAGAGAGAGAGAGAGAGAGAGAGAGAGAGAGAGAGAGAACGCGAGGACGAGAGCGAGCUUAACGACAUUUAAAGAGCCAUCUACAAUGCUGGGAUUGGUAGUAGGCAGUAAGAUCAUAAGCAGUAAGCAAAUUGAUCAACCACGGUUGGUCGGUUAUUAAAAGAAUAAUCACUGUGCUGGUCAAUUUGCAUAUUUCUUACAUCUUAUUGCUUACUACCAAUCCCAUUGUAGAUGGACUUUUAAAGCGCACAUAUACGCGACGGGGAACAACCGCGCAAGCAAAUUCCCUGUUGCAAAAUCGAAAACGGACAAAAGCGUGUUCGCCGUGCGUGCAUUUUAUUCGUGAGUUGUGUACAUUUGUUUUUAAUACGGCUUGAACAUUUCUUUUUAUGCAGUUUGGGACGCAUUCGAUAAUCUAACGAGAGAAUAUUUUUUUAUUAAUUCCCAUAAGUAAAAUUUUCUCAUUGAAUUAUCGAUUACGUUACAAACUGUAUCGAAAAGUAUUCAAACCCGUUUUAGUAUUCCGUUUUGGAGUGGAGUAUAUAUAAUUGAGUCGAAUACGUAUGAAUGUUUCUUGGAUAGCACGUAAUUUUAAAAUACUUUCCCCAUCGAGACACAUUGGAACUAAAUCCUUUCUUAUUUCAAUCUCUCCUUCUAUCAUUAUCACCGACUCUCUCUCUCUCUCUUUUUCUCUCUCUCUCUCCCUCUCUCUCUCUCCCCCUCCCCUCUCUCUGCCCUUUUUUUCUAUCUCUCUAUCUCUCUCUCUCCUCCCCCUUUCUUCUUCUCUACAGUCCCAAUUGUGUUCAGAACUUGGGUGAAUUUUGUAAAAUUUAAGUAUACAAAUCGAUUCAUCCAAAUCGUUAUAUACAAUAUCGUAUACAGUCGUAUCGAUACUAUAUAUAAUAUCGUAUACAGCAAAGCCAGUUACAUACGAUUAUUGAUUUGGUGAUCGCUUCGUGGCGUUUCCACUGAUGUUAAUUUAUUAAUUGAGAAAUUGAUGUGUUAAGAGGUAUUGUUGGCUAAUAAUUAGCUAGUUAGUUAUCUAAUUCUCAGUAUGUAUGGAGUUCUUUAUACUAUAUGGAAACGUUAAAAAUUCUUAGCGAUGAUGAACCAUUGUAUUCGUAAUUAAUUAAACUUACACAACUUCCCUAAUAAGUUCUUAAUUCAUUCGGAAGCUUGAUUCUACUAUUGCACGUGGUAUAUAGUAAUGAUGGCGAUAAUCUCGUAACAACGGUGAUGGUGACAGUAGUGAUGAUAGUGAUAAUGGUGACGGUGACGGUGAUGGUGAUGGUGGUUAAUAAUAGCAAUGCCAGUGCCAGCUCCAAUGCCGACGCUGGUGUUGACAAAAAUUGUUCGCUGCUUCGAUCAUUUCCUCUUUAGCGCGCGGCAGUAAGCCGCAGUGCGGCCUGUUUAUUGUGCAACAGAACUGGCGCUUUAAUCGAUCGAAAAAGCACGCAACAUUUGAGUCACGAAGCUCUGUAGUAGUGUCGUUUCGUAGAAUCAAGCUUCCAAAGUGAUCGCGCACUAAGCAACGAGUCUCUCUUACACGCGAUCAUUAUCAAGAGUUGGAUCAUGGUUGCGAGAACGAGUCGAAUGCAAAACGUGUGUUUUAAUCUGCGUAUGCAUACGCGAAUAUAUAUUAUACGGGGGAAAGGGAAAAUGUGUGUUUAAAGACCAUAAUAAGUCGCACUAAGAUUAGUAUAUUUAUACACUUCCUAUUUUUAUGAACAUAUUAUUUAUGAUGACCCGAAUACAAUAAAACACUGAUGAUGAAAUAUCUCGAUUGUAAUAAACUUAACCUCGGUUAUUUUUACAAAACGGAUGAAGUAAAUUUAUGAAAAGAGAAAGAGACAAGAACGAAAGAGAAAGACGUGAAAACAGUCUUGCGUCGUGUUUGUCAUGCUCAACCUCCUUAUGAAAGUAUACAUAUAAUUGAUGCUUGCGAAAAAGAGUGCAUUCGAACAUCCUCUUUCCUCAGAUACAAAUUUGAAAGCGCACCCCCGAACGAGUGUAACAAUUAAAAUUUAAUCCUUGUGUAUGUGUAAUCUGUUUAUUCUUUCUUUAUUUCCAUAACAUGCAUAUCAUGCUUUGUAUGAUCAUAAUUCACAUCAUGUUAGUUUAAGAAACUGUUCUGGAGUAACAGCUCAUUUUUAGAUAUUUUUUUAAUUAUGCUAGAAAAUUGGCAAAGCGCGCGUAAUAAUAAUGAUAGUAAUAACGAUAGCGACAAGAGCGAUAUCCGUCUUCAACAUGAAAUUGUUAUUUGAUGUAUCAAUUAGAUAUUACAAACUGGCCAAAUUCUUAUA